AAGCGCGCCGGCCAAUCAGAGGCGGGGGGCGGGCGUGCGCGCGCGGCGGCGGCGGCGCGCGGGCGGGGGCCGGCCGGCUUUAUAAGGGCGGGGCGGGCGGCGCGCGCCCUCGUCGCCUCGGCUGUGCUGGCGGCGCCAACCGAAGCCCCGCGCCCGACAUGCUGCGCCGCGCUCUGCUCUGCCUGGCCCUGGCCGCGCUGGCCCGCGCCGGCGCCCCCGAGGAGGAGGACCACGUCCUGGUGCUGCGCAAGGGCAGCUUCGAGGAGGCGCUGGCCGCGCACAAGUACCUCCUGGUGGAGUUCUAUGCCCCUUGGUGUGGCCAUUGCAAGGCCCUGGCCCCUGAGUAUGCCAAAGCCGCGGGGAAGCUGAAGGCUGAAGGGUCUGAGAUCAGGUUGGCAAAGGUGGACGCUACCGAGGAGUCCGAGCUGGCCCAGCAGUACGGUGUCCGCGGCUACCCCACCAUCAAGUUCUUCAAGAAUGGAGACACUGCGUCCCCCAAAGAAUAUACAGCUGGCAGGGAGGCCGACGACAUCGUGAACUGGCUGAAGAAGCGCACAGGCCCUGCCGCCUCCACGUUGCCCGACAGGGCCGCCGCUGAGGCCUUGGUGGAGUCAAGCGAGGUGGCAGUCAUCGGCUUCUUCAAGGACAUGGAGUCGGAUGCGGCCAAGCAGUUCUUGCUGGCGGCAGAGGCCGUGGAUGACGUACCCUUCGGGAUCACAGCCAGCAGCGACGUGUUCUCCAAGUACCAGCUGGACAAGGACGGGGUCGUCCUCUUUAAGAAGUUUGACGAAGGCCGGAACAACUUUGAGGGGGACGUCACCAAAGAGAAGCUGCUGGACUUUAUCAAGCACAACCAGCUGCCCCUGGUUAUUGAGUUCACGGAGCAGACAGCCCCAAAGAUUUUUGGCGGUGAGAUCAAGACUCACAUCCUGCUGUUCCUGCCCAAGAGCGCGUCUGAGUAUGACGUCAAGCUGGGCCACUUCCGGAAGGCGGCCGAGGGCUUCAAGGGCAAGAUCCUGUUCAUCUUCAUCGACAGCGAGCACGCGGACAACCAGCGCAUCCUGGAGUUCUUCGGCCUGAAGAAGGAGGAGUGCCCCGCCCUGCGCCUCAUCACGCUGGAGGAGGAGAUGACCAAGUACAAGCCCGAGUCCAGCGAGCUGACCGCCGAGAAGAUCGCGGAGUUCUGCCACCGCUUCCUGGAGGGCAAGAUCAAGCCCCACCUCAUGAGCCAGGAGCUGCCUGACGACUGGGACAAGCAGCCCGUCAAGGUGCUGGUGGGGAAGAACUUCGAGGAGGUAGCCUUCGACGAGAAGAAGAACGUGUUUGUGGAAUUCUAUGCCCCGUGGUGCGGCCACUGCAAACAGCUGGCCCCCAUCUGGGACAAACUGGGAGAGACGUACAAGGACCACGAGGACAUUGUCAUCGCCAAGAUGGACUCGACGGCUAACGAGGUGGAGGCUGUGAAAGUGCACAGCUUCCCCACGCUCAAGUUCUUCCCUGCGCGCGCCGACCGGACGGUCAUCGAUUACAACGGGGAGCGGACGCUGGACGGUUUUAAAAAGUUCUUGGAGAGUGGCGGCCAGGACGGGGCAGGGGACGACAACGACCUGGACCUGGAGGAAGCCGAGGAGCCCGACCUGGAGGAGGACGACGAGCAGAAGGCUGUGAAGGACGAGCUGUAGCCGGCUCUGCCCACCCCGUGGCUGCCCCACCCACGCCCGCAGGAGCCCCCCGCUGGACCCCCGCCGGAGCGAGGCGCUCAGAAGCGCAGAGAGCUCUUGGGAACAACACUUCGCCCUCGCGCUCUGUCUCGGCCCCUCCCUCCGCUGCGGGCCCGGGAAGGACAUCUCUGGCCACCAACUCAUGGCCCCUUUUCAAUCGCGACGCGCCUUUCCGCGCACGGCUCUUCCAGGGCACUCGCUGAGCCGUCUGUGGAGCCCCCGCGGCGCUGUCUCCUCCCUGCCAGCUUCACGCUGUCACUGAAGACCCCCCCAUCUCCGAAUGUUUGGACGUCAGGGUGUCUGUCCCACCUUCCCGGGCCUCCCUGGACACUCCUGUCCCGGGGGAGGGACAGGCCCUGCCUGGGCACGGGCCUGCUCAGCUGGCGUCUGUGGCCGAGGCUGUGUGAGGCUCUCCCCGACAGGCGGCGGCCAGCCGGGCCAGGGCUGGUGCGCCCCCUCCCUGAAUGCCCCUGGCCUCUGAUGUGGCCGGAUGCCCACACAGGACAAGCCCGGGCACUGCCCCGCGGAGCCGGUCCCGGACACCAGAGCCAAGUUGUGCUCUUCAGGCGUUUCUCUCAGAUUGGAGUCGAACACAUUGGUCGAAUAAAGUCGAAAUUUUACUACAUGUUGCCUCUGCCGAGCCAGGCCUUGGGGAG